CGCACUUAGGCAGAGUUUGGCCCCGCCGCGCCAGAGUGUCCGUGGCGCCGCCGGGGCAGCGCGGCCGCACCGCCAGCGCCGUCCCCGUCCCGUCCCCUCGCGUCCCGGCCAGCCCCAGCCCAGGGCCGUGCUAUGGCUACGUCUAUACUCGGGGAAGAGCCGAGGUUUGGGACCACCCCGCUGGCCAUGCUGGCCGCCACCUGCAACAAGAUCGGCAACACCAGCCCGCUGACCACGCUGCCCGAGUCCAGCGCCUUCGCCAAGGGGGGCUUCCACCCCUGGAAACGCUCCACGUCCAGCUGCAACCUGGGCUCCAGCCUCUCGGGCUUCACGGUGGCCACGAGCAGGGGCUCCGGCGGACUGGCCAGCGGCACGGGCACGGCCAACAGCGCCUUCUGCCUAGCCUCCACCUCGCCCACCUCGUCGGCCUUCAGCAGCGACUACGGCGGCCUCUUCUCCAACUCGGCGGCGGCGGCGGCCGGCGUGUCGCCGCAGGAGCCCGGCGGGCAGUCGGCCUUCAUCUCCAAGGUGCACAGCUCGGCGGCCGAGAGCCUGUACCCGCGGGUGGGCAUGGCGCACCCCUACGAGUCCUGGUACAAGUCCGGCUUCCACUCCACGCUGUCGGCGGGCGAGGUGGCCAACGGGGCGGCCUCCUCGUGGUGGGACGUGCACGCCAACCCGGGCUCCUGGCUGGAGGUGCAGAACCCGGCGGGGGGGCUCCAGGGCUCGCUGCACUCGGGCGCCCCCCAGGCCUCGCUGCACUCCCAGCUGGGCACCUACAACCCCGACUUCAGCUCGCUCACCCACUCCGCCUUCAGCUCCACCGGCCUGGGCUCCACGGCCGCCUCGCACCUGCUCUCCACCGGCCAGCACCUGCUCGCCCAGGAGGGCUUCAAGCCCGUGCUGCCCUCCUACACGGACUCCAGCGCGGCGGUGGCGGCGGCCAGCGCCAUGAUCACGGGCGCCGCCGCCGCCGCCGCCGGGGGGGGCUCGGCCCGCUCCGCCCGGCGCUACUCGGGCCGGGCCACCUGCGACUGCCCCAACUGCCAGGAGGCCGAGCGGCUGGGGCCGGCGGGGGCCAGCCUGCGGCGCAAGGGGCUGCACAGCUGCCACAUCCCCGGCUGCGGCAAGGUGUACGGCAAGACGUCGCACCUGAAGGCGCACCUGCGCUGGCACACGGGCGAGCGGCCCUUCGUCUGCAACUGGCUCUUCUGCGGCAAGCGCUUCACCCGCUCCGACGAGCUGCAGCGGCACCUGCGGACUCACACGGGCGAGAAGCGCUUCGCCUGCCCCGUCUGCAACAAGCGCUUCAUGCGCAGCGACCACCUGAGCAAACACAUCAAAACGCACAACGGGGGCGGCGGCGGCAAAAAGGGCAGCGACAGCGACACGGACGCCAGCAACCUGGAGACGCCGCGCUCCGAGUCCCCCGACCUCAUCCUGCACGACGGGGUGGGCGCCGCCCGCGCCCCCGCCAAGGAGCCGCCCGGCGACUCCUAGGGCAGCGCCCGCCGCCCCCAGGGACGCUUCUCCCCCUCGCUCCUUCGCCUUGGGGUCUUGGUUUCUUUCGGUUUUCCGCCCUUCUGGUUUUCUUUUAUUUUUAUUUUUGCUUUUCUUUCCCCGUUUCCUUUUCCCGUCCAAAG